CAUAUUUUUCACAAAAAUUUAUUUCUGUUUUAUCAUCAUCCUUUUUGAUUAUAAUGAAUGAUGAAAUUGAUCGAUCAGCCAGUUAGUAGUUGGUCGCUCUGCUUAUAUAUGGUUAUUUUGUUUGUCUGUUUUUUUUUUUUUUUUUUUUUUUUUUGGUUCUAUAUAGUGAGCAUUGUUGAUUUUCUGAUAAUAAUAAAAUUAUCAUCUGGUAAUAAUAAUUUGUUUGAGAUUUUGUCUUGAGAUUGAUUUAAGAGGAAAAAAAAUUGAAAAUUUUUUAUUGAUUAUGUGGUGAUUUUUCAAUUACAAAAAAAAUAACAUUGUUGAUGAUAGAUGGCGCUUUAUCUGCAAAAAUUUUGUUCAUUUUUUAGAUUUUUUUUUUGUAAUUUAUAAACUCGGGUACAGUUAUGGACAAAUUCGGAUCAAUUGAUUAUCCCCAUAAUCGUUAUAAUCCAUUAUUGGAUGAAUGGAUCCUAGUAUGUCCACAUCGAAGUAAAAGACCAUGGAUGGGUAAAAUCGAAAAGAAUGAAGACGAACAAAAUGAUCAUCAUGAUUCGUUGAUGAUCAAUGCAUUAUCACCGGGAGGUGUACGUUCGAAUGGUAAUCAGAAUCCUGAAUACAAAAGUACUUUUGUAUUCGAUAAUGAUUUUCCUGCUCUCAUCGAUGAUGAUUGUCCAGCUGAUCAUACCGAUGCUAAUGAUGAUGAUAAUCAAUUAUUUCGAAUUCAAUCAGCACGUGGACGAUGUCGAGUCAUGUGUUUUCAUCCAUCAUCACGUUUAUCAUUACCAUUAAUGUCAAUCGAUGAAAUUUUGGCAGUUAUCAAUACUUGGAUUGAAGAAUUGAAGAAAUUGGCACCAAUUUAUCGAUGGGUACAAAUAUUCGAAAAUAAAGGAGCAAUUAUGGGCUGUUCGAAUCCACAUCCACAUUGUCAAAUAUGGGCAAGUCGUUUUUUGCCAACAAUUGCCCAACGAAAAGAUGAACAACAACGGAAUUAUUUUAAAAAAUAUGACCGUGCAAUGCUUUGGGAUUAUGUUCAAAAAGAAUUGGUGAAUGAAGAACGUAUUGUAUUGAAAAAUGAACAUUGGUUAGCAUUGGUUCCAUUCUGGGCAACAUGGCCAUUUGAAACAAUGAUAUUGCCACAUCAUCGUUGCAUACAAAGAUUGAAUGAAUUAGAUGAAAAUGAAAAACAAUCAUUGGCUGUUAUCAUGAAAGGUUUGUUGACCAUUUAUGAUAAUCUAUUCGAAACAUCAUUCCCAUAUUCAAUGGGUUGGCAUGGUGCACCAACCGGUGGUGGCGAUGAUUGGCAAUCAAAACAACAAUAUCAACAUUGGAUAUUACAUGCUGUUUAUUAUCCACCAUUAUUACGUUCGGCAACAAUUAAAAAAUUUAUGGUAGGCUAUGAACUUUGUGCACAAUCACAAAGAGAUAUUACGCCGGAAAAAGCCUGUGAAAUUCUUCGACAACAAAAUUCCAACAAACAUUAUAAACAUGAAAAAUGAUGUUAAAUUUUUAUUGUUCAAUUUGAAAGAAUUUUAUUUGAUUCCAAUCUAUCCAUUUCUUUCAACAACCACGCAACAGUAAAACGAAGUUGAUGAAAUUGUUUGAUA